AUGGCUUCAGAAGUUAGUUCAAGGUUGGACUUCAACCGGGCUGCACGUAACGAUGUUUUGCAGAGCAUGAUGGGUAUCAAAAUUUUUGACCUCUUUGCGAGCCUCGUUGCGACAGCUAGUGAACGGAUUUCAGAUACCGCAUACCUAAAUUCAUUCAACUCAUGUGGUAAUAAACUUCCUGAGAGUUCGGAUGUUGUUAUUGUCGGUGGAGGAAUACACGCGCUGAUAUAUGCUAUCCAUGCAAGAAGUUUGGAUCUCCUGGAAAAUGGAAGUAAGUCUAAUCCACCAUCCGCAUCCGCAUCUAGGUAUGCAAAUUUAGCUAGCACAGAAGUUUUGCAAAACUGGUUUCCUAUAAACAAGUUCUGCCAGCUAGACAGAAAACCACAAAGAUCGAAAACCGUUCAUCAAUCAAAACGCACGCAUUUGCUGACUUAACAUGCAGAGAAGAAUCCCCUGGCCAUGACAAUCCUAGAAAAGUCAGCCAGCCCUACAUACAAAAUUGGAGAAUCAACAUUAACAGUAUUUGGACUUUGGCUUAAGACAGUCGGCAUUGAAAGUCCAAUGGUUUCACGACUCUUUGGACCAAAAGAUGGCUUGGCGUUCUUCUACUUUUCCUCCGAAGGCGAUCCAGAAAAUUACACGCAAUUUGUCGCCAAUGGACCACCUGCAGACUUUGUUCCCACGCUCCAAGUCGAAAGAAAGAUCAGCGAGUUGAUGCUUACUCUCUAUGCGCAACGCCUAGGAAUUACGGUUCUUCAUGGAAAGGAAGUCAUUGUCGAGAAGCAAUCUGCAGUGGUAGAGGAGAAUGAUGGAAUGUCUAUUCAAGUACGAGACUCAGAGACGAUGGUGGAAGAAUUCGUGAAGUCUCGACUAGUAAUUGAUGCUACUGGUCGUUUUCAUCGAUUCAUCUCGAAAGAAACACGUAUUGAGCGUGUAGAGGGAUUCAACACAAAUGCGUACUGGGCGUACUUUGAACAAUUUGGCGAUGAGUCUGAUAUUCCUUUGAGACAUUACGAAAGUGUCAAUACGAAUCAUAUAUGUCUUCCUGAAGGGUAUGCCUUAAUCUUCCUUAUAAAUAGCACAAGCUAAUCAAUUGUUUAGAUGGGCUUGGGUUAUUAGACUUCCUUCGUGGGAGGGUAGUUCUAUCCCUAACCUUACUGCCAUGAUAAACCAUCUGCUGGAUCUUAAUGCAGCCAAGGCACCAGCAGACUCCUAUCCUUCAGUUCCCGAAUUGGUUGAAAGAUUCCAAGUCAAGUUUCGCUGGGUCGUUAGCAUCGGGUUUGCUCUUCGCUCCGAUGUUGUCUACCCAGAAAACAUUUCAAGCUAUGGAAACAACGAAGCAGAACAGAGAUUUAACUGGAUAGUAUCCCGAUACCAAAAAGUAUCCCAAUUGAUGGAAAAACACAAGCUUAUUGAAAAUCUUUAUGGUCCAGGAACGACAUGGUUUGUCCGCAAAAACAUUGCUUUCCGUGCGCCACGAGUUACUGGAAAAGAUUGGUUGGCCAUUGGUGACGCGACAGGAUUCACCAAUCCGCUGUACUCUCCCGGAAUCAAUGCAAAUAUGAGCACCAGUAUCUAUGCUGCUGAAAUGACAAAAAAGUAUCUCUCAGCCAAGAAUUCAACUGUCAAGAAAGAUCUAUUUCAGAAAUAUGAGGACUUUUGCAGAGACCGUGUCCCGAACAAUCAGCGCAUGAACUUAUUCAACUACGUAUGUAUGCGAUCUCCCGAGCUUGGCCCGCUAGGACCCAUCUGGCAGUACUUAUGUGGAACUGGAAACGAGAAAUUUCGGAACGCGAAGAACUUAAACUUACGGAAUGUACAUGAACUUUUGACAACUUGGGAUUGGGGAUCGAAUCAAGUUGAAUAUAUGAACUUCAGCAAACUGGUCAUCAAGAUGCUUGAUGGACCACCGCAGGCUAAGCUGACACAGAAAACCAUUGAUGAGGUGAAGAGACUUUCCGCGGAGCAUCUGAAAAUAGCCAUGGCCUCUGGUAAAUACAAGGGAAGAUGGGCAGGAUUAUUGCGCUGGUAUGAUGAUGAUCUCAACUUUGUAGCGGACAAAGUUGAUAGAGAUGUAUUGGCCCGAAGAUGCUAUACAUGUGGAGAGUGGAAGAUGUUGAAACCAGACUGUAGGAAGUGCGUGUAUUGUGGAUGGGAGCAUAAGGUUGAGGAAAGUACCAAGGUUCUAUACCGAAGCGGAGAAUGA